AACAGUUCGUUAUCAUUACAUUCUUAAAAUUUUAUUUCUUGAUAGAACCUCCUUAACUUACACCAGUGUUUGAGGGAAAGUAAAAAUGAUUAUUUAUAAUUUAUUUAUUUAUUAAACUUCUUAAAUUUUUGGUCUGUAAAAAAAUCAAUUAUCUUUGUAAAAGAUAUUGAAUAUGGAUGACAAAGAGACAUGGACUGUAGUAAAAUUUGUGGAGGAGUCUUCAGUGGCCGCUGUGCCCACAAAAUGGAUAUUUGAGGACAAAUGUCUUUGGCCCCCAUUCAUUGCUGAAAAACUUAAUUUAGCAAUAAAAUACCAAAAAAUUGACACUUGCUGGCCAUCUCACAAAGUGCAAGUUUUUAGGAACUCGACUUUUGAUUCAUAUGAAAUUGCUAGGGCCAAAGCAAAGAAAGCUGAAGAUACCAGUGACCUCAGUUCAACAGAUACUGAGAAGAACAAAAGAAAACUGAAAAAAAGAAAAAUAUAUUCUUCUGAAUCAGAAGAGGAAUUUGAACUGUCUGUUCUGCCUAACAUGCCAUCUCUCCCAAAACAACGGAACAUAGAAAUAGAUGAUCAUAUUCCAACAGAAACAUCAGGGGAACUCUGUUCACCUCAACAAACUGUAACACCAUCCUCAACAAGGAGAAAUUUAAUUUCACAACCAUCCACCUCAACAAAGUGCAACUGCUGCCCUCAUCAUGCGGAAGUUAAUAACGAAAUCUUGAGGCAACUCUAUUUUUUAAAAAGUGUACAUAUAGAGUUGCUUAAAGAGGUUAAGAAUAUAAAAGUUAACACUUCAAAUGAAGAUUUAUGUAACAUGGUACCAAUUCUUUCCAAUUUAAAAGUUCCAUGUGCCACUGUUGAAGAAUUGCAGCAAAUAGAGGAUGUUUUAAAGAUUUCAGACAAUUUUAAAAAUAUGGUAAAUGAGCUGUGUAAAUGGGGUGGCAGCAGUAUUUUGGAUUUUGUCAAAAGGUGUAUGGGUACGUUAAUUACCAACAAACUGGCAACCAAUUAUAGCUGGCUGGGAAGAAGAAAUAAACAAGAAUUUUGCAAAUUCAGCAUUGCUGCAGUUAUAGUGGAAGCAGCAAUAAAAAGUAAAAAAUGCAAUGAUAAGAAGGUGGCCGAACAAGAAAUUGGACGAUGGUUGAGGAGAGCAGGGGAUCGUCUAAAAACUUUUAAGGAAAAUACGGAAUCAGAAUAAAAAUUUGUUAAAUAAAAAUGAAUUUAUAAAAAAAAAAUAAUAAAGAUAUAUUCACUUA